AACAUUUGUUCCGCAGUGUAGAACACCUCGAUGACGUCACACAGGAGGAAGAACAAAACAAGAUGGCGUGUGGCGAAGAAUACGUUGUUUUGGUUAUUAUGUUUCUAGGUCUUAAUUACAACGUACAUGUGCACAUGUGUGUCGUUUAACAGAGUUUACGUCCUUGUUAAUUGUUUGUAUGCGGAUACAUUAGUCUGAGUGCACUUUGAUGUGCUAGCCUAGCCUGCUGGUUAGCUUAGCUUGUUAGCUGCUAACAAAGAGAGGCGGAAGUGAUCGACACAUCAAAGCAGAGAUCCAAUACGUCUGUGAAGAACAUCUUCACCCUGAGCAACAGAAGUGGAGCUUCAGGAUGCAGACGGAGGAGCCACAGCACUCCCACAUUAAGAAGGAAGAGGAAUACCUUCAGAUCUCCCAUUUUGAAAGGGAAGAGGAACACCCACUAAUCCCCCAGUUUAAAGAGGAAGAGGAGGACCCACUGACACCCCAUUUUAAAGAGGAAGCAGUGGAUCCACUGAGCCCUCACAUUAAGGAGGAAGAGGUGGAUCCACUGACCCCUCACAUUAAAGAGGAAGAGGUGGAUCCACUGAGCCCUCACAUUAAGGAGGAAGAGGUGGAUCCACUGAGCCCUCGCAUUAAGGAGGAAGCGGAAGAACACAGCAUCAGUCAGCAGGGAGAGCAUCUUGAAGGACUGGAGGAGGUUGAUGUCACCAAGAUGCCAGUGACUGGUGUCCCUGUGAAGAGUGAGGAGAGGGGAGGGGGGGAGCCUCCAAGCAGCAGCUCAACACAACACAUGACAACAGAAGCUGAUGGAGACCACUGUGGAGGAUCACAAGCAGACAAGCUCUUAGCUCCACUAUCAGAUAGUGAGGACACAACGUCACACUCUCCUCACACUGAUGAUGAUGAUGAUGCAACAUGUCACACUGACAACACACGCCUGACAUGCUCUCACUGUCACAAAACAUUUAAAUACCAAAGUCUUCUGAAAAGACACAUAAAAACACACACUGGAGAAAAAACUUUUCCCUGUUCAAUCUGUGGUAAAAGUUUUGUACACAGUCACCAUCUGAAAGUGCACAUGAGAACACACAGUGGUGAAAAACCUUUUUCCUGUUCAACCUGUAAUAAAUGUUUUACACAAAGUCAUGAUUUGACAGUACACAUGAGAAGACACACUGGUGAAAAACCUUUUUCUUGUUCAACCUGUGGUAAAGGUUUUGUUCAAAGUCAACAUGUGAAAAGACACAUGAGAAUACACACUGGUGAAAAACAUGUUUCCUAUUCAACCUGCGGUAAAGGUUUUACACAAAGUCAACAUUUAAAAGUACACAUGAGAACACACACUGGAGAAAAACCUUUUUCCUGUUCAAUCUGUGGUAAAUGUUGUACACAAAGUCAAGAUUUGAAAGUACACAUGAGAACACACACUGGAGAAAAACCUUUUUCCUGUUCAACCUGUGGUAAAGGUUUUACACAAAGUCAAUGUUUAAAAGUACACAUGAGAACACACACUGGAGAAAAACCUUUUUCCUGUUCAACCUGUGGUAAAGGUUUUACACAAAGUCAACAUUUGAAAGUACACAUGAGAACACACACCGGUGAAAAAUCACAUUCCUGUUCAAUCUGCAACAAAAGCUUUUGUCAGCGAUCAAACCUUGUAGCACACAUGAGGAGACACCCAGGAGAGAAAGUGUUGAGUUGUGGUGUGUGUGGUGAAAGAUUGUCUUCUAAGUACCAGUGUAAGAAACACAAGUGUGCUGGUGAGAACAGCAGCAGCAAAUGAAACUGCAGGAUUUGAAAUAAACUGUCCAGACUUUCAUUUUGACUUUCUAACAACAUCAGCACAUAUAACAUGUGUGACAUUGUUGUUUGUCUGACAAUCUGUUUAAUAUCCUUCUACAUUUAUAGAUUAGAUAUUUUAUAUUAAUGUUUUUUUUAGUAAAAUACAUGCAUUAAUAUGCAACAUUGUGUACUUUUAUUAAAAAUUAGACGGAACAAUUUGAGUAAAAAGGUGAGAGUAAACAAAAAAAUACAUAUUUUACAUGCAAUAAACAUGUUGUGCGUAUGUAUACGCAUACAUACGUACAUACAUAUAAAUAUAUAUAUACUGUAUAUUCAUCAUACAAUUUUAGACUUAUUCAUAUGAAAUAUUGAGGUAUUACAUAUUUGUAUUUCUAAUUGUUAAUAAUCCCAUAGAUAAGCACCUUUAUAUGAUAUACAUAUGUACUGCUUCACAUCUGAAACAUCUUCUGGACCACUUCAGGAAGCAUAUUAUUAUUUACUUUAUACAUCAUUUGAACAGUUGUCUUUUAUUAAGUUUUAAAAUGUGUGACUAUAUGUGUUGGGUCUCUAUAAUCUAUUUGAUUCAUUAUCGUUAUUACUCUGUAUUAUGAUGAUUGUGUUGUGAUUGUUUUAUAUAUUUGUCCCCAGACCUUUUUGCAAUACACAAAUGAGAGAAAAUGGCAGAUUUUUAUUUUUUUUGUGAAAGGAUGGUUUUGUUACGAACUUACAUUUGUGGAUGUCAUGUCUGUGUGAUGGGCUUCACGGUGGCAGAGGGGUUUGUGCGUCUGCCUCACAAUACCAAGGUCCUGCAGUCCUGGGUUCAAUCCCGGACUCUGGAUCUUUCUGUGUGGAGUUUGCAUGUUCUCCCCGUGAAUGCGUGGGUUCCCUCCGGGUACUCCGGCUUCCUCCCACCUCCAAAGACAUGCACCUGGGGAUAGGCCCCUCCCACCUCCAAAGACAUGCACCUGGGGAUAGGCCCCUCCCACCUCCAAAGACAUGCACCUGGGGAUAGGCCCCUCCCACCUCCAAAGACAUGCACCUGGGGAUAGGCCCCUCCCACCUCCAAAGACAUGCACCUGGGGAUAGGCCCCUCCCACCUCCAAAGACAUGCACCUGGGGAUAGGCCCCUCCCACCUCCAAAGACAUGCACCUGGGGAUAGGUUGAUUGGCAACACUAAAUGGUCCCUAGUGUGUGAAUGUUGUCUGUCUAUCUGUGUUGGCCCUGUGAUGAGGUGGCGACUUGUCCAGGGUGUACCCCGCCUUCCGCCCGAUUGUAGCUGAGAUAGGCGCCAGUGCCCUCCGCGACCCCAAAAGGGAAUAAGCGGUAGAAAAUGGAUGGAUGGAUGUCUGUGUGAUCAUGUUUUGCUUUUUGGACACUCAGUUCCUGUUUUUACACUUCCUGGUUUGUUUUGUUACCAUGACUACCCAUUAGUUUGCACCUGUCUCACGUUUUGCACUCGCACGCCUGUUUUCACUGAUCAUGUCACUGCUAUUUAAGCUGGUCUGUUUCUGUUCUUUGUCACUGUCUAUCAGCCUCCAUCCCUCUACUCACGUCAUGUCAUGUUCACCUCCACUCUGCUUCAUGUCAAGUUUCACAGUUCCAUGCCAAGUACGAUUUUGUUUAUCGUUCAUAGUUUCUGCCUUUCUGCAAGUCUUUGUUUUCAUUAGUCGAGUUUGCUCUCCGCCAUUGUGCGCGCUUUUUGUUUGCCUUUUGUUGUAGUUAUAGUGUCAAAAUAAAAGUUGUCUUUACCUUCA